GAAAAACAAGCGUCGAAAGGCGUCUUUUGUUUCUUUCCAGCAUUUAAUUUAAAAUUAAAAGAUUCUACGCAACGGUUUUACAAAUUUUAGCAAGUCCAGGAGAAUCAACGGGAUAACAUUUAGUUAGUGACUAAACCGGAAGUUCCUGGUCUGGUCACUUCUCACGGAAGUGCUUCCCAAUUCGAGGUCAUUUGAUCCCAUGAUUAAAUUUUUUCCCAUAAUCCAGUUCUUUAAUUGUUGUUUUCUGUGGCACCACGUGGAAACGUAUUAGACAACAUUCGCAGUUAAUUUAAAAAUAAAAAGGAACAAGAAACACUCAGACCAAUGAUUGAGCUUGAUUGUGAGGGCUCUGAGGCCGAAGAGCAUUUUUUUGCAGCGGACAACUAUGCUGCUGAAGCAAUGGCUGCUGACAUGGACCCUUGGAUUGUAUUUGAUGCUCGGAAGACUCCUAAAGCUGAAUUUGAUGAUUGGCUUGAGACUAACAGGCCUUCUAGGGUUUGCCGCUUUGGGGAUCCUGAGAGUAAUCUGGGAAACGUAGGCUGGAUUGCUGUUUAUGGUCCAAAUUACUGCCCUUCCCAAGGACACUUGGAUGGCUUGCACGAUGAUUGGGAGAGGUUGCAGGAGAGUGGUCGGCCUGUUAAGUUUGAGACCAUCAGAGAGCUGGCAUUAAACCAUGAUGUUCUGACUGGUAAGUGGCUCAUGCAUCUUGACUCUGGCUUCAAAGUUGAUCAUGCCUGGGAAUGUGUUGCUAGAGCAACACUAGAAGGAAAAAUAAGCGUUGCCAAAGUCAGCCCGCGAGCCCCUGCCUCAGAUGGCAAGCAUGUGAUCUGUGUAUAUAAUGAGACAUUCACAGAUGAAGAGGAUGUGAUGAAGUUAGAUGCUACAAUUCGCUCCAUAGGAAUCAAGUGCCCACUUUACUACAAGCCUGAUAUUUAUACGUAUCUGGGCAUAUACCGAAGUAACCGUUGGAAACUCUGUCCUACGAUUUAUGAAAGUAAGUUUGAUCUGGAAUGUGUUCCAAGGCGUUCACAGAUAACCAAUAAAGUCACCAGUACGGACGUCAAUUAAAGAAUAAAUGUGCCCAGAAGCCCUCUGAACAUGCGUACCUUAACCUGGUAGUUCUCAGACUAAUUUUGUUCUUUUUUUUUUUUUUUCCUUUUUCUUCCAUUUUGUUGGGUGUUGAUUUUUGUAAAUAACUGUCUUGAACACUACAAGAUUUGCUAAAAGGAUCAAACGUGCAAUCAUGGAAGACAAAAAUAGAAAAAUGACAGUGGUCUGCUUGGAGAAAUGUUUUUUUCCUUCUCUUUGCUUUAAUGUUUACACAGAUUACAAAAAUAAGACUUUUUCUUUUGGAUAAUUACCUUUUCAAUAAAGGAAUGGUUAGGAUUAUUCAGUAUAAAUAAAACACAAAAUGCAGAAUGUGUGCUUUUCAAAAAAUAAAUAAAACACACUGAUAAUU